CUUCAGACACAACUAUUUACCAUCUGUCUCUCAGGAGAAGAUCACUCACUAUAAGGAUCCAGACAAGCAACAGUUAUCCAUGAAGCUGUAGUCAGAGAGACUGUGGAUGAUGGGUUGUCUCGUGGUCACCGGGGUUCUACUUGUGAUUCUACUGUUCCAUCCUCCAGCAGCUCAGAUGGAGAGCCCAGAUACAGAUGUGGUGGCCGUGAGAUUCGAGGAGUUUUGUCUGAAAAUCUCUGAUGAUUCGCACUGUACAACCGCUGAACCAGAGCCCAGACAAACGGUUAUCAACAAGGAGGCAGCUGAGAGCACACAACUGGCAAUGUCUCCCCUGUCGGAUGACAAGGAAGAUAUAAACUCCACUCUUCAAAUGGCUGUCAAUUCUUCAUCACUUGUGGCAAACUUCAUGGGCAUCCCACCAGGCCAUGGUGAACUGGGGCCGAUAGAGAGGGAAGGGUGUCGCUGCAAGACGUGGCAGGAACACACAACUGACCGGUCUCUUGUCAGCAGCAUAGACUUCAGGUUCCCUGCAACGGACGUGUGUAACUCCACUGAGAUCAUUGAGACACUGGCAGAUGGUAGGAAGGUUUGUGUGAAUACCUCUCUCACAAGAUACCUUGCACCACUGUUUGGGCCUUCAACUGACCCAGACUGGGAAGGGACCACAACCCCCAGCCCAAACACCUCUGCAGUAUCCUUGUCCCCAACCACACAGACAGAGGAACAAAUGAGCAUGACACCACCAAGGGAAUUAGGCAUGGACUUUUUAUUUGGAGAUGAACAGGCACAAGCACAACCAGCACUCCCAGCACCCCCGGGACCCAAUGGGUCCAAAGGACGCUUUGGACAACAGGGGCCUGGUCUGCAGAGAUGCAUGUGCAUCAAAAAGGAGGCCAGAAGGAUAGGAAGGUUAAUCUCUAAAAUGCAGUUUAACGCACCCUCUUCACGCUGCAACGUUGUGGAGAUUAUUGCAACUCUGAAGACGUCAGGUCAAGAGGUUUGCUUGGAUGUCACUGCACUCUGGGUACGCAAAAUCCUGGAGAAAUUAAAAGUACAACCAGAUUCCCCUUCAACACAUCCUCCUGAAUGACGCUAGGCUGAUAAUAAAGUUAUAUUUCAUGAAAGAUGUGUGCUCAGCACAGUAUUGCUUUGGCCCAACAGUUGUUAGUAAGUAGAUGUUGCUGAUUAUCAAAGUGCUAAAUGUGUCAGCAGUUUGACACUUCUUUUUUGAUAAAGAUGUUUGAUAAGUGACUAAUUAUUUCCACCCUGGCCUGUACUUGAUUUGACAGGAAAUUGAAAUGUUUUUUUGGCAUCUGAUUUCUGAUAUCUGGACAACUAUUUGCUAAUGUAAUUUGAAUUUCACAUUUUAAUGACAACUUAAACGAGUUGCAAAUAAACCGCUUACCAACCUUGA